AUGAAGUGCGCCGCUGGCCCCGACACGCUUGACGAGCAGCCAUCCAAUCAGCUAAACUCCACGGAUUGGACUGCUAACGUGUCUGCUACGAACGUCACGGAGUGCUUUGCUCACUCAGCCUCGACUUCCACCACAAUGAAACGUCCUUCAGAAUACUCCCCUGACGAGCGCGAUCCCAAACGUUCUAAGAUGGCCAGCAUCGCCGAGGAUGAGCCUGCUCGUGAUUCGGCGCCUACGAUCCUUCUUCACCAUCGGAGUGGACCUGCUAUACGUGGUUUAAAGAACGAUUGGAUCAAGGCAGAGGGAGAUCCUGCUGAUUAUGCCAAGGAGGUUAUGCGAAGCGGUCUAUACCGCGGCUUUACUCGUGUUUUAGUUCAAUGUGACGUGGUCUCACUGUGGCAGUUUGAUCGCAUGGGGGUCAUGCACUCUCGCAGGUUUUUUUGUGCCCGAGGAAGACGGCAGAUACUCUUUUAUCUCGCUGUCGCUAUCGUCCAUUCCGGGUUCAAUAAGUUUAGCUUUCAGCUGAUGGUAGAUUACGCUAACCGCGACGCCUUCAAGUUUCCUCCCUUCAUCGAUGCGUAUCUAUGGCCCGAAGCACAUGACAAACUUCGCGAGCAGGAUUUCUUCGCUCAGAUUCGAUUUCUCUAUGAUUACCCGUCUUCGUACGAGGCUCUUCUGUUCAAUUAUAAUGACACCGUUCUUUGUGUGGACCACGAUCUCCAAGUUUCCUCGAGCUGGCCUUUCGAGACCGAGCCCGCCCAUUCCUCGACGAAGGACACGGCUCCUUCCUCAGCAGAUGACGCGUCUCCUGCCCCGACGAGUAACAGCUCUCCUCUUUCGACAAACGAUACAUCUCCUCCACACUCCUCUCUCACAACCAGCUUUGCGAUUACUGGACGACCAAUCUACGCCCAGCCUGGUGUUACGGGACGGGGCACCGUUGUAUAUCCGCUUUCCCCUCCCCAAGGUGUGGUCGACUAUGAUCCCAAGGAACCCCUGGUCGCGAAACUCAGCUGGCAACCUUCGGGUCGUGCGGCUGAAGCGAGAAUUAUACGUUACAUCCGUAAGGCGAUCCCAGACCGCUGGAGAAACCAUGUCACAGACGUCAAGUGCUCCAAACAGGUGGCCGCGAAGGCGAUGGCUCUGCCCAGGCUGAAGUUGAUGAGGAAUAUGACUGAGAGUGUGAAGAAGAGGUUGGAGGUUCCAGAGGUUGCACAAAUGAAGAAGUGGGCGAAACGCAGGAGAGAACUGCGAUUCGAACAGGAGUGGAAAGAUGUUUUUGAUGCCUUCGAAGAGCGCGACUUCCACGCUAUAGUCACUACGCGUUACUUGCCGUUGAAAGAGGUGAAGAAUGCGGACGAGUUCAUGACGGUCUUCAAGGAUGUCGUGAAAGUGCACUACGUUAUCUAUAAGACGACUGGGAUUCUCCACCGAGACUUGAGCGUCAACAACGUUAUGUUCAUCCGCUGUAACGACCGUGUGUUCGGCAUACUCAACGACUGGGACCUCGCAGUUCCCGAAGCCCAAUCCUCUCCGCCGACUGUCUCUCACCGCAUGGGUACCGCCGCUUACAUGGCCCUCAAUCUUCUCAAGAGCCCCGAUAAUUCUGUCCCACACCUAUACUGCUACGACCUCGAAUCAUUUGCUUGGAUUCUCAUAUGGUGCGCAUACGUGCUCCUCUUUAACGGGAAGGAGGUGCCCUUCAAUGAGCGCGAAAAAGACAUUCAGAAAUGGACUGACAACGGAGAGUGGCGGAUGAUCAGAUGCGUCAAAUUCGCGUUCAUCAUAGAAGAAGAUCCACCGACAGACUCCAUUACCCCAGGCAUGAAAGGUCUUCUCGCGAGCUGGAUCUCCCCAGUAAUGGAGGGGAUACACGAUACAUUCGUGCGCCGUUUGAUUGCGCGGAAGAACCGAUCUCUCCGGUGCCCUUUGGUCGAAAAUGAUUUCUUCGUGUUCUCCACUUUCAUGAGGGUAUUGGAACCAGAUGUACCGAACCCAGAGGAGGCCGUAUGGGCCACCGAUGAGGGCGUUGACAGUUUUCUUCUUUCAUUGGCGCCACACUACGUUCUGUGCGACGAGCCGUGUCUAAAGCGAGCCCCUCCGACGACAGAGCCAAUACCGUAUGCCCGUGCAGCACGACGCGAGUCUCCUCCAUCCCCUCUCGUAUCUUCUUCUGCUCCCUCUUGUUUCUUGGUCACUGGCCCUCUCCUUCGUGCACAAAAGGGUGUCCUCGACGAGCGCGGCACUAUCGUCAUUCCGCUCGCCUACCCUCGUUCCAAUGACCCAGCUCAACCUGGCUGCUCCUCGAUUGACGAACGCCUGGUCCCCAAAAUGAGUUGGCGACCCUCAAAUCGAUUACCGGAGGAUAUCACACUACGUUUCAUCCAGAGAAAAAUACCUACGCACUGGAGAAAAUACGUCACUGAUCUCAAGUGCUCUGUGAGUCAUCGGAGUGAUGAGCUUGGUUUACCUAGGAAAAAGAUCACAGCUCUAGUGAAGGAGGUCCGGCAGGAAGGUACCGGUCCGAAAGGAGAGGCGAAGUUUCGAGGUGCAAUGACUGUGGAUGGGACUCAGGAUCGUGUCUUUCGUGUCUUGGUGUCCCAGCGAUACCUGCCGCUGAACCAGGUCAAGGAUAGAGAGGAGUUCAAGACCGUCUUCAAGGACGUUGUCAAAGGACACUACGUUAUUUAUAAGAAGACGGGGAUUCUCCAUCGUGACUUGAGCGUCAGCAACAUCAUGUUCCUCCGUCGUAGUGGCCGUAUCAUCGGAGCGCUCAACGACUGGGACCUCUCAGCUUCCGAGGUCCGAUCCUCCCCGCCGACUGCUCUUCACCGUACUGGUACCGCCGCUUUCAUGGCUCUCAAUCUUCUCAAGAGACCCGAUGGUUCCGUCCCACACCUCUAUUGCUACGACCUCGAAUCGUUUGCCUGGAUUCUCGUAUGGUGCGCAUACGUGCUCCUCUUCAACGGGAAGGAGGUGAGUUACGACGAGCGCGAAGAAGACGUUCAGGAAUGGACUAAGGACGGAAAUUGGAAGACCCUCAGUAGCCUCAAAUUUGAGUUUAUCACGGAAAAUCCACCGACAGACACCAUUACUGCAAGCAUGAAAGGUCUUCUUGAAAGCUGUAUCUCCCCAGUCAUGAAGGCGAUGCGCAAUACACUCCUGCGGCGCCGUAUGAAUGACCGGUCUCCCUCGGAGUCCCCCUUGGUCGAAAAUGAUUUCUUCAUGUUUUCCAAUUUCAUGAGAGUGUUAGAACCAGCUGUACCGAGCGCAGAGGAGGCCGUAUUUGCGGACUGA